AUGAAAUUUUUGCUUUUUCCAAAUUGCAAUGAAAUGUUCGAAGAAAUUGAUGGGAGAAGCUUCUAUUAUGCUAAACUUCUUAACGAAGAACUGUCAUAUCCUAAUUAUAGAAGCAAAAGAAAUCUUGAAAUAUUGCAACGCGUUGCAGUUAUUUGUAAAGAAAUAAAAACUUUCAAGCUCAGUGGUUCUUUUUGUAAAACAAAAUGA